AUGAAAAGAGUGACGAACCGGUCAUGCGGAAUUUUCUCCGUCAGAGGGAUCUUAAAUCUCGGUGCUUUGAUGCUCUUGACAUUUGGUUUAGUCACUGUUUUUGCGGUAUUACCCGUCAUCACCUACUAUAACUCACACAUAUUAGCUAAACAACUCAUCGUGAACAGUGGUGGAUUCAAUUUAGGUGGUAUCAAUGGCACUGGGCAAGUUCCUAUCAUCAACAGUCUUCCAGGAUUGAUUGAUACGACCACACCAGAUUCAGCUUUGACUCGCCAAGGGUUCGAUGGUAAACAGUACAACUUGGUCUUCUCAGACGAAUUUUCUGUAGACGGGCGAACUUUCUGGCCUGGUGACGACCCCUACUGGGAAGCGGUUAACUUGCACUACUGGGCAACAGGUGACUUGGAAUGGUAUGAUCCAGAUGCGAUCACAACGACCGGGGGAAAUUUACAGAUUACGAUCACGAAAGAAGAUAUUCAUGACUUGGAUUUCAGAUCGGGAAUGUUACAGUCUUGGAAUAAGUUUUGUUUCACGGGUGGUUAUAUCGAGGUGUCAGUAAGCUUGCCAGGAUCACCCACCAUACCGGGAUUUUGGCCGGGGGCUUGGACAAUGGGAAACUUGGCAAGAGCAGGGUAUGGUGCAACAACGGAUGGAACAUGGCCAUAUUCGUAUCAGGCAUGUGAUAUAGGCACUUUGAAGAACCAAACUACCGUCGAUGGCACUGGGCCUGCGGCAGCUCUCACAUCUGGUACUGGAGGAGGAGUUCUAUCUUAUUUACCUGGCCAAAGGCUAUCGUCUUGUACUUGUUCAAACGAAGACCAUCCUGGUCCAAACGUACGAGUGGGACGGGGCUCGCCUGAGAUUGACAUCAUUGAGGCUCAAGUGACUACCGUCAAAGGUACGACGGCCAUUGGACAAGCAUCGCAAUCUGCUCAAUUCGCUCCAUUUGAUGAUACUUACGACUGGAACGCGGCGGGAGCAAAAAUCGUUGAUGCCACUGUGUCCAAAGCAAAUACUUACAAAGGUGGAAUCUAUCAAGAAUCGGUGUCAGUCGUCACCACCACUGACCAAACAGCAUAUCAAGCAACGGGUGGAAACUUUCAAAAGUUUGGUUUUGAGUACACACCCGGAAGCUCAGGUUCGAUCACCUGGUCAGCAAGCGACGCUGCAACAUGGACAUUGACUCCUGCGGCAAUAGGGCCUAACAAAGUCACUCAAAUCGGCCAAAGAAUAAUAAGUUCAGAGCCAAUGUACAUCAUUUUGAAUCUCGCAAUUUCUGCUGCUUUCGAGACAGUUGAUUUACCGCAUCUAGUCACUCCUAAUAGGAUGCUGAUCGACUAUGUGCGUGUUUAUCAAAGUAAAGGGCAAGAAAAUAUAGGAUGUUCCCCUACUCAAUAUCCUACCGAGGACUAUAUCAACGAACACAUUGUCGCUUAUACGAAUCCCAAUCUCACUACGUGGGCACAAGCAGGAUAUACUUUUCCUAAGAAUUCACUUCAAGAUACCUGCUAA